ACCCUUCCCUGUCGGGCCCCCCCACCCCCCCGCCAGUGGGGGCCAGGCCAGGCCAGCUCCUCUGGCAGCAGAGCCUGGGCAGGUGACGGGCAGGUGUUGCAGCCGAGGGAGUGAGGAGGCGCCCGGGAACCAGAGCCGGAAGCCUGGGAGAGGUCCAGCCAGAGCCCAAGAGCCGGAGCCACCUCUCGACACUCAGCCAUGGGGGAGAUGGAGCAGCUGCGGCAGGAAGCGGAGCAGCUCAAGAAGCAGAUUGCUGAUGCCAGGAAAGCCUGUGCCGACAUCACUCUGGCAGAGCUGGUGUCUGGCCUAGAGGUGGUGGGACGAGUCCAGAUGCGGACGCGGCGGACGUUAAGGGGGCACCUGGCCAAGAUCUAUGCCAUGCACUGGGCCACUGACUCCAAGCUGCUGGUAAGUGCUUCGCAAGAUGGGAAGCUGAUCGUGUGGGACACCUACACUACCAACAAGGUGCACGCCAUCCCGCUGCGCUCCUCCUGGGUCAUGACCUGUGCCUACGCCCCAUCAGGGAACUUUGUGGCAUGUGGGGGGCUGGACAACAUGUGUUCCAUCUACAGCCUCAAAUCCCGCGAGGGUAAUGUCAAGGUCAGCCGGGAGCUCUCCGCUCACACAGGUUAUCUCUCCUGCUGCCGCUUCCUGGAUGACAACAACAUAGUGACCAGCUCCGGGGACACCACGUGUGCCUUGUGGGACAUUGAGACUGGGCAGCAGAAGACUGUGUUUGUGGGACACACGGGUGACUGCAUGAGCCUGGCUGUAUCUCCCGACUUCAAACUUUUCAUUUCGGGGGCCUGUGACGCCAGCGCUAAGCUCUGGGACGUGCGCGAGGGGACCUGCCGCCAGACUUUCACUGGCCAUGAGUCGGACAUCAACGCCAUCUGUUUCUUCCCCAACGGAGAGGCCAUCUGCACGGGCUCGGACGAUGCCUCCUGCCGCUUGUUUGAUCUGCGGGCAGAUCAGGAACUGACCGCCUACUCGCAUGAGAGCAUCAUCUGUGGCAUCACGUCCGUGGCCUUCUCCCUCAGCGGUCGGCUGCUCUUCGCUGGCUACGACGACUUCAACUGCAAUGUCUGGGACUCCAUGAAGGGCGAGCGCGUGGGCAUCCUCUCUGGCCAUGACAACAGGGUCAGCUGCCUGGGGGUCACAGCUGAUGGGAUGGCUGUGGCCACUGGUUCGUGGGACAGCUUCCUCAAAAUCUGGAACUAAGGAGGCUGAAGGAAGGAAGCGGAAGGCCAUGAAGACACUCAGCUGCCCCCACCCUCCCCCAUCUCUUUCAGGUUCUCUCUUCUAUAUCCCAGGUGCCAUUGCCACUGAGCUUUCUCCCGAGGGCAGUGGGGAGGACGAGGGCAGUGGGGAGGACGGGUAGUGUGCCUUUGGGAGGCAGCCUCAGGGACAAAGGGGCAAAGAACUGCCCCUUCUCCUCCCAUGGCCUCCCCUCCCCAAAGUCCUCACAUCACCCCGCUUAAUGAAUGAGGACAACCAACCCCUCCCCAGCCCUUCCCAGGUCCAGCAGGCUUCCAGUUGGAAGCUCCAGGUCCCAAGAUCCCUCCCCCAGAGCCACUAUCUUUGUGCAGACCUGGGUGGUAUAGGGCACUCAGCCCUGUGACUAUGGCUCUUGCACCACUAGGGUCCUUGCCCCCUUCUCCUUUUUCUACCUUCUUUUUUUCUCUCCUAAAGCCACCUGCAAUAAAGCGUAGCAGCCUGGUACA